AGAAACACUGCUACCACGAUUCUUUGGUCUCUACAGCUACACGGUAAAUAUUUGUAGUUUCGUUUUAUAUUAAUAUUUUAAACAAAACAUACUAUUAAUAUAUCAUAUUUACUAAAAAUGUUAAGAUAAACAAUCAGAAAUUCAUCACAAAUUGGUUACUUGCAUCAUCUCUACUUCCUCUUUGAUUUUUUUCUUACAAGAAAUAAAUUUAACAUGAACAUUUUAAAUUAUUUUUCACCAGCUUGCGAUCGACCCUCCCUGCUUCACUAUAAGAUUUGUUCUUUAUUACUGUUACUCAGUUUAAUAGAAGGUCCAGAAGAGAAGAUUUAUAAAGCGAUACUGAGUCUUCUCUACUAGUCUUUAUGUUAACGGCGUUAUCAAUUUUAACUCUGUCAAAUUAUGUGUUACAUAUUAAAAAUCCCUGGUAUUGCUUAUUUGAUAGAUUUUGUAAGCAUCUUGGUACAUUAAUCAAGACAAACAGUAUCCCAAAUCGUCUAAUUUUUACAAGAUUUAUCCUACAAAUGGAACAGUUGUAUCCAUUCUGUCUCUGAUACCUUCCAUCAACACGCCACCAACGGCGACCCUGACAGCACAUGGACUGUUGUAACUGAUUUCUUAUAUUUGAUAACACCUUCUCAAACACAGUUAAUGUCUCACUCGAACAUCAUGUUUUCUUUCUCAUUUUUUCUAUAUUUAUUUAUGUAACAGUUGUUUUUUUCUUCAAAUUUCUCUCAGACAUUACAGAGCACUCAACUCUGUAGGAAAAAUAAUUGUUUACUUCAUUUUUCAUUUUUAGUGUCAUUUUGUUUGCUGAGAAGGAGUUUUACCUACAAGAUUAAUUUGAUUUCCUUUCAGGUUUGCUCUACCCUUUGUUUAUGAGUUCCAGUGAAUUGACACCACGCUUAAUUGUGCUCCAUAGUGGUUGAUGCAUUUUCUGAAUUCCAUUGUUAUUUAGAGUUAAGAAAGAGGUUUAGAAACGAAGAUGUCAAUUUUUGUGGAGGUUGAUAUCAAAAUGUUUUGAGACCCAUGCCUCUCACGAGCACUGAAUGCCACUAUAUUUACAAAAACUACACAUUUAUGUGAUCAGAAAAUUUCUCGUCUAAAGCAUGUUACUCUACAUUGCUUUCAAAGAUUUUUAAAUAAAUUAUAUUCUUACUACCUAAGUUGUAAAUACAGUGGAACCUCUGAUAACGAGUUUAAUUCGUUCCAGACUUUUACUCGUUAAGCGAAACGCUCGUUAAACGAAACAAUUUGUCCCAUACAAAUCAAUGUAAAAUACGAUAAAGCGUUCCAUGCUGAAAAAAUACUAAUUUUUCAAAAAAUGUAUUAACAUUUAUUCAAAUAAAAUUACUUAUGAAUUGUUCUUCUUCUUCUUCUUCUUCUAUAUCUUAAGGGCCCACGAUCAAUUUAUUGAUCAUUUUGGCUCCUAUGCAUGUAGAUGGGAUUUGCAAUGUUUCUGUUCCUGGUGUUGUUGAGGAGUGUAGCAACUUGGAAUACAAAUUGGAUUUGAAACAAAAAACAUAAAUAAACAUAUGAAUUUAUGACAAAUAAUUAAUCCUUUUUAACUAGAAAACUGUCUAAAGACAUUUGUUUUUGCCGACGCUUCAAAAUUUGACGAAAAUGUUUCACAGCAUUAGCAUUGAAUAAAUGUGUAGCACGAUUAGCCACGCCCACACCUUGUUCUCGCUUUUCAAGGAUUUUACAUUUUAUUUCAACAGUUAUUUUGUCUCUUUUAUUAUUUUCUUCUGGUGGUUUUUUUUUCGAAGACAUUUCAGCAGAGGUUAUUACACUUUGCACAUACAAAAAUUACGAAUACUGUCUGAAUACAAAAUUUGUAAAAACUGGUGAUCACACACAAAAACAAUACGCUAACAGAAACAGUGCUAAACACAGGCUAAUGCAAUGGUUCUCAACCUUCCUAGUGCCGCGACCCUUUAAUACAGUUUCUCGUGUCUUGGUGACCCCCCCCCCCCAGCAACCUAAUUAUUUUCGUUGCUACUUCAUAGCUGUAAGAAUAUGUGUUUUCAGAUAGUCUGAAACGACCUCUGGGAAAGGGCCGCGCUACCCCCAAAGGGGUCACGACCCACAGUUUGAGAACCGCUGGACUAAUGCAUCGGCUCGGAAGUCUCGGCUCACAAAUGAAUGUCAGGAAGAAGCGACUUCCCCUUUCUGCAUAACUCGUUAUGCGAAAUAUCGCUCGUUAAGGGAGCACCUUCUUCACAUUUUUUUUUGCUCGUUAUGCGAAUUACUCGUUAUGAGAGGUGCUCGUUAUGAGAGGUUCCACUGUAUUACUUGUAAUGGUAACAAAUCGGUUUCCCUUCUCCAAAUAUGAGAUCUAGCUAUUUCCAUUUUUAAAUUGACAAUAAUCUAACUCCAUACAUGUUUGUUGCCUGUAAUCCAGGGUGGUGGAAAAACGAUUCGAUUCAUGAUCAUGAACAACUUACUUCCCAACCAUCUACACAUUGACAAAAGAUUUGACUUGAAAGGUGCCACCAAGAGAAAAAAAGCUGCAAACGUUGGUAAAGACGAGGAAUUUAUUAAAACACAUCUGAGGGGGUUUAAAAUGGAUGAGGCAUAUGUUAACAGAUUGAGAGAGUUAUGUGAGCUGGAUUGCAUGGUAGGAUUAUUUCACAGUAAAUAGAAUAUACUUAAGAGAAUAUUAUGAUUCUAUAAAAUUAUAAAUGAUACCUUUUGUAAUGCGGGAAAUAGCUUAUCCCUAAUGGGAGAUUAAUGAUAUCUAUUUCAGAAGGAUUUGAUGUCGAAUCUAAUCCUAAUGAAAUAGAGGCAGGAGAAAACAUCUUUAAGUAUUUACAACAAAAAAAUUCCCUUGGGUUGAGUUCCCACACUCCACAUGGGGUUUAUUAUGGAGCUAAAAAAAAACUAUCAAAACAUUGAUACAAGUAACGCAUUUUAUAAGAAUACCAAUGAUUACUCCCUUGCUCACAAGGCUUUGCCACUUCACAUUUUGUGCAUGCCCCUCAACUAUAUUAAUAUUCAAAGGACACACUCACUUUUACACUGCAGAUUUCUUUUACAAAUAUUUAAAAAAAAACAAAAGAUAAUGUUACGCACCAAACACACUUACGAAAUGUGUCAACAGUCAAAUUUAGCUACUUUACCGGGAGCUUUAGUUCGUGGAAUCAGUUUCAUCAUAUUUCCUACAUUUUCUCCGUGAAAAACAAGAACAACUUUUUUUGUCGUUUGGGGUGGAGGCUAAAAUUUUUUUUACAGAAUGUGUUGUCAUUGGUAACGAUUCUCUGUGUCAAGUUCCAGCUACAUAUGUUGACGUGCAGUGGGUCAAUUAGCCGUCCGAAUAUUUUGCCGACCAGGCAGCCACGAAUUAAACCGAAUUUGAUAUAUAAAGGAUUUGAAAAUGUAAUUGUUUUAUAGAUUUGUUAUUUAUUUAUUAUUUUAAGAACUUAGAAGAUUUUCUUUUUAUUUAUAUCAUGAUAACGAUAAUUAGAAAAGAGUAUUGUAAAAAUCAAUUACAAAGCAAAACUAAGCAUCAAUUAAUUUAUUGAUAACAGUACCAAUGUCCCGUGUUUUAUCCACUAAACCUGUUUUAGUUAUUUAGAAUAUACCAUAUAAAAUGAUUGGAUUUCAUUAUUUCAGCACUUAAGAGAGUUGGAUCUUACCAACUACAGUUUGUUUAUUGCCGUCCAUGACGUAAACCGGUACAACAAUGGCGACCAGAUGAGAG